CAAUCAUGAAGGUCCUCGCCAUCGUCGCCCUGCUUUUCGUGGCCGCUCAGGCCCACCACGGCUCUCGUCACCACGACGAUGAGAUCGACCACAGCUCGGUCACCGCCGUCUACAGGCAGAUGCCCGCUCCUGACGCACGCAUCAUCAACGGCAACACCGCCUCCCGCGGACAGUUCCCGUACCAGGCGGCUCUGUACCUGAACGGCGUCUCCUUCUGCGGCGGCUCCCUCAUCUCCACCCGCUGGAUCCUCACCGCUGCUCACUGCGCGUCCGGAAUCUCCCGCUUCACCGUGUACCUGGGCGCCCAGAACCUGCAGGUGAACGAGGCUGGCCGCCUGGUCAUCUCCACCACCUCCAAGAUCGUCCACUCCGGAUACAACGGCAACACCCUCAACAACGACAUCGCCGUCAUCAACCUGAACCAGGACGUCUCCCUCAGCAGCUACAUCCAGCCCAUCAGGUUCGCCUCCGGCUCCGCCACCUACGCUGGCAUCACCGCCCGCGUCAGCGGCUGGGGCAGGACCUCCGACACCAGCGGAGUCAGCAACACCCUGAACUACGCUGAUCUGAGCAUCAUCACCAACACCGUGUGCUCCCAGACCUUCGGCAACAUCAUCGUCAGCUCCACCCUCUGCGCCUCCACCUCCAGUGGCCGCAGCACCUGCAACGGCGACAGCGGCGGCCCCCUGAUCAACCCGUCCACCGGCACCCAGAUCGGCAUCGUGUCCUUCGGCUCCAGCGCCGGGUGCACCAAGGGAUACCCGGUCGGCUUCGCCCGCGUCACCUCCUUCGCUUCGUGGAUCACCUCCAACACUGGCGUCGCCAGCGCCUAAGCGCGCGCGCCAUGCCUGAGC